AUGCUGGAAAGCAUUGAUUGUAUGCACUGGACAUGGAAGAAUUGCCCGGCUGCAUGGAAAGGUAUGCAUACUGGUCACACCCAUGAACCAACAAUUAUUUUGGAAGCAGCUGCAUCAUAUGAUCUUUGGAUAUGGCAUGCAUUUUUUGGGUUACCUAGGUCUCAUAAUGAUAUCAAUGUACUAGAAAGAUCUACUGUAUUUACUGAGCUUGCUCAAGGGUGUGCUUCUCCAGUCAAUUACACCAUCAACGGUAAUGAGUAUACACUGGAAUAUUAUCUUGCUGAUUGUAUAUAUCCACCAUGGGCAACAUUUGUAAAAACAAUUCCAUGUCCACAAGGAAACAAGAAAAAACAUUUCGCUAUGGCCCAAGAGGCAUGUAGGAAGGAUCUGGAGCGUGCAUUUGGGGUGCUUCAAGCACGUUUUGCAAUUGUGCGUGGACCUGCACAAUCUUGGAAUCUUGAGUCAAUUAAAGUUGUUAUGAAGGCUUGUAUAAUAUUGCACAAUAUGAUUAUUGAGGAUGAGCGAAAUGACAAUAAAGCACAAGACAUUGAUUUUGAACAAAUCGAUGAUACCCCUUUGGCACAAGUGUCACAUGAGCGUACAAUCGAGCUUAUGGAAUUCAUUCAACAAAAUCACCGUAUCAGAAACAGAGCAAUUCAUUCUCAACUCCAAUCAGAUUUUGUUGAGCACUUGUGGCAACUAUAUAGCCAGUCAUAG